UCUUGUUCAUCCGAGACUGAGAUAAAAGAAAACAAGCUUGACAAGGAAAAAGCUCACUUCUUUCAUCUCUACCAACCACAACACGGACCGGAACGGCAAGUAAAAGUAGGCGCCCGCGUAUCAUACACCCAAUCGGAGGCGAGUAUCUAUUGUAUAUUCCUAAAGAAUUAUAUCUUUAUAUAAACCGGCAUGUCUUCUCGGUACGCCUCAAUGGACGGAUCAACAUCGCCCCUUAGCUCAAAAAGCGCUGCUGCUUCUGGACUUUUGAACAUGCGUAGACCACUUGCAAGUGGAAGAAAAAGUAUUGCAAGCCUAAGGCAACAAGCUUCCAAAGGAAGUAUUCGAUCUACACUCGAUUACGGACCAAGUGAUGGCAAUCAAGAAGAUUCAGAUUACGAAGGAGAAUCAACUUUUGACGCACCAGAAACAACAAUGUCGAAUCCUGAACCAGAGCAAAUCACCCAAACCCUUGCAACGUAUAUGAACUAUGCAGACAAAGGAGCAAGUGCAGUGGGUGAACUUGGGCAAACGCUCUUGGUUCAACAAUCUCGUAUGAGGGAUCUGUUGGAGCGUGUUCAAGGUCGUGAAUCAGCUCGAUUGGUGGAAGAAACACAAAGAGAAAUUGAAGAGAUGCGAUAUGACCAACAACGUCUGAUGAUGGAAUUAUUGCAAUCGAGUAAUAUCGAUAUGAGGGAACUGCUCGGCCCAUUCGGUCCGCAGCAAAGCUCAACACCCAACAGACCUUCACCACAAAAGAGAAAAGGUAACGAACAGGGUCUCAUCGAAAAUAAAGUUCUAGUCAAUGAUCUACAUACCCAUCUUGCAAAUGAAAUACGGAGACUGCAAAUAUUAAUCGCAGAGCGCGAUAAAGCUUUGGUAAACAUGACUGAAGCUGCUGAAGAAGCUGUUCGAAUCAGAUCAAUUCUCGAAACAUCAGUCAAGCGACUAGAAACUGAAAAGGAUGCUCAAGAUGCCACUCUAUACGAAGUAGAACGAAAAGAGGAACUCUUACGCGAGGAAAACGAUGAGAUUACUCGUCAAUUGAAGAAGCAUGAGAAUGAACUCCGCGUAUUGAAACGCCAUUUGUCCGAAAAGACAGAUGCCGCAGAGACCUUCAAAGCAUCAAAUGAAGAACUUGAACAAAAAGUGGACGACCUUCGUGGCAAUGUUGCCACCCUUCGAGCGAAAUCUGUGGCAGACCAAAAAACCAUCAGUGGUCUCAAAGUAGAAGUGAAUGAUUUGGAGCUAAAACAUAGACAAGCCGUUGAAAAAAUCCCUCAAAGUGUCAGUAUUGCAAGCAGAUUAUCGCAAGCACUCGAUUCAACCGGAGAUGCAACGCAAAUUGCUGGAAUGGGAGGCUUGGGUCCAGACUCGCCAAGUCGUGCAAGAGGUGCACAUGACAAAGCUCUUACACCAACAGCCUCAGUGGAUGACGAUCUUGCUUCUCGCCUUCGUCCAAAUUUAGCAGUCAAGAAUAUGGAAGCAGAGAUGACAAAAUGGCGCAAUGCUGCAAUGAAGUACCGCAAGAAGUUCAACGAUAUGCGUAAACAAGGCGUCAGUGAAGGAAAAGCUUUCGAGCAUGAUGACUCAACCGAUGAAGAAGACGAAGAAUUGUGGCAAGAUGAGAAUGUCGCUCCAGGCUCAAAACGAUCAGCCAAUCGUUCACGAAUCGUAUCAUCGUCAAGCAUCAACAAAAAAGGCAAAUCUAUGGGAGAUGCAUUCGGCUUUGGACGUAAUAAGCGAGCGUCAUGGCAAAGUCAACAAGAUUUGGUGGAAAAUUCGUUUGAUGAUGAUGAUGCAAGCAGUGUUGCUGAGAGUUCUGUAAGAGGUUCUAUUGAUGGCUUUGAUCCUCAAUUUGCCGAUCCAACCAUUCGCAGUGGUGGUAAUACAAAACGCAGAUCAACCUACACACCAUCCUCUUUGGCCAAAGCAAGCCCUCUUUCACGUACUAUGGAGUUGGUCGAAGACGGAAAGAGUGAAGCAGGUGAUUCGUUCAUGUCGCACGGACGCUCAGCAUCCAUCAAUCAGCAACGCGGCGUUUUGGGUGAUGAAUUGAUGGGCUUGGGAGAUCAAGAAGAAAGAAUAGUAGAAAGUGAACAUCAAGCUAUUCUAGAACAAUCCUUAGCUGAAAGAGAUUCGCACCACGAGCAACACGUACAAGAAGUCCAAAGUCAACACCAAAACGUUCUCCGUCAAAUUACCAACGAGCACACAGAACGAAUCGCCGCAUUGGAAUCAAACCACAAAGAAGCUUUGACAAAGGCUUUGUCAGACAAAGAAGUUGUUCAUAAUGAGCAUAUUGAAGUCAUUCAAAAUGAGCACAUGAAUGCUUUAGCACAACAGAAAACAGAACAUGCCCGUGCUCUCGAGGUAGCUAACAAACGUUAUGCUGAUACCCUUUCAUCUCGCGACCUCGAGCAUGAGAAGCAAGUAGUCGAGAAGGACUCUCAACAUGAAUCAAAGAUCAAAGACAUUCAGUCUCGCUUGACCAAAACACACGAAAAUUCGAUGAAGGAUGCCAGAGAGCGACAUGCUGAGACAUUGAGCAAACAACGCGAAGAAGCUCACGAGGCACUCUUGGCCGCACAAAGGGAGCACAAGCAUCUCUUGGAAGAGCAUACUCGUGUUCAUGCUGAUACGUUGAAGCGUAAAGAGGCACAACAUGAACGUGAAUUGCGUUCACGUGAGAAGGAACAUCAUGAAUUGCUGGAAGAUGUCCAUGCUACCCAUGAAUCAUUCAUCAAACAGCGUGACGCUGCUUACAAUGAUCAUAUUGCUAAACGUGAUGAGAUUAUCAAAGAGCGAGAUCAAGAAUUGUCAAAUGCACAAUCCCGUAUUCAUCAUUUGGAGGACGAGCUAAGCUCAAUGAAGCACACAAUUUCUGAAUUGGAAGCAAAAGUGUCUCGUCUAUCCUCCGAAUUGGAAGAUCUGCACGCACAGGAACAUCUACGCACCUUGCCUGUGGAAGCUGAGAACGAGGUCUCGAGAGAGAUUCCUUCUUCUUCUCGUUCACAAAUCAGUCAAGAUGAAUUCGAAGAUGCCAUCCAAGGAGAUGAGACAGCAAAAUCUCCAGUCAAGCCCAAGAGAGAAGCCGGUAGUCAGACAGACUCUACAGAAUCAAAGGAAGUCAAUGGAGAAGCGGCUGUACAUGAAGAUGCUCCAAUUGCAGCCAAGCCUGUGCAAGACUCUAAAGAGGUCCAAACUUCGCUACCUCCUAUGCCAGAUAUGCCUCCUCCGCCAACCCUAAGCAGUUUGCUUGCCAAAGCAGCUCGUCACAAUGAACAAACAUCAAAGAAGGACAUGGACCCACCCAGCCGUCCCACUUCUCCUCCUCCUGGCGAAUUGGUUGCGCGUUCGUCACAAGGAAAUGCUACUCGUGGCAGCCAAGUUAAUACUGCUAGCGGUAUGGCUGGUAUUGAUGGCUUGCCAAGACCUUCAAGUCGUCUUGCUUCAGGUCCACCUCCAAGCGCUUACAUGCAAGGCGCACCUCGUCGUUCUGGACCACCAUCUGUUCGCAAUCGUACAAUGUCUAAUGAAGGCUCUGGUCGUCAUCCGAUGCGAGCACCUUCUGCACAGUCAUUCGUUUCUGAUGCCACUUCUGAUAUGAUGUCAGGACGUACAUCACGAGCAUCAAACUACACCAAUGGUGGCUUGGAUUCUUCCUAUGUGAGAAGAGGUGCAAGCGGUGGUGGAGUAGCAGCCGGAAUGAUCCCGGGUCAAGGAAGCACAAAUCCAGUCGUUUUGGGUUCCAUCACCCAAACGAUGAUUGGUGAUUACUUGUACAAGUACACCCGUAGAUCAAUGGGACGUGCUAAUAAACGUCAUCGUCGCUACUUCUGGGUGCAUCCUUACACACGUACGCUAUACUGGACCAUGACUGCACCUUCUGAAGCUGUAUCAACUGAAGUUGUCAAUAAGAGCGCCUUCAUUCAAGAUGUGAUUGUCGUUGAAGAUGAAAAUACUCAACCGCCAGACUUGUAUCACCUCAGCAUCGUCAUUUCGACUUUGACUCGUGAUGUGAAAAUUACUGCACGCGAUAAGACGCAACACGAUACAUGGAUCACCGCUUUGGGAUACUUGGUCAACAAGGAAUUACCAAGCGAAAGGAAGCAAGCGCCUGCUGAAUGGCGUCAAUCGAUCAGUCGUGCAAGUCUACCACGUCAAAGUCAUAAGAACAAUUCUGCCUUAUUUGGCGAUUCUACUUCCUCGAGAACACCUGCUGGACGUCGGUCAGUCAUGGGAAUCUCGGGAAUGUCACCUUCAAAGAGCGCAAAUGCGGUUCAAACUUUGCGUACCACUUCUGCUCUUGGCGGAGAAUCUGAAAGAACACCUAGAGCACGCGGAGCAAGUGUUGGAGGCAAAGGUGUCAAUUAUCCCUCCUUAUUGCACAGGCGUGAUACAGCCGCAAGAGAAUACCUAGAACAAUGGGAAACUGAGCAUGGUUCAUCAGCUCUUAUGGAAGAUCACGAUGCCACUCCACGUGCAGGUGCAACGAGCAGUAUGAGUAAAAGAAGCGCUCGUAGCGGUCGUGGUAGCUUAGCCCGUGAAAUGUUUGGAAACGUCCGUAGAAACAGCGCUUUCAGUUCAUCCGGAGCUCAAACAGUCGAUGAUGGCAGAUUCAAAUCUGCCGAAGAAAUGCUGGCUGAGGAUGAGGAACGUACAGGCUAUGAUGGUUUGGACAAUGUACGUGCCUGCUGUGACGGCAAGCAUGAUAUUGGCAAACUAUCCGUCAAAGGACAUCAACACCAUCAUCAUCCAGCAAGACCAUCAAGCAGUGGUACUGGAUCCGUUCGAUCGCGUAUCAGUACACCAAGUCUUUUACGACGUUCUUCAAGAGCUAGCAAGAUAGCCGGCAAAGACGCUGAAGCACGUCCCGAGGUGCCAAGCUUACCACCACAACUUGGUCAAUUAAACAUCAACAAUUUAUCUACGGAUACAAACAGAGAAGGAAAAUUGGGUGCUACAUCCAAUGAUUGGUUCCCUGCAACUUCUGAAUUUGGAACUGCGAGCGGAAGGGCGACACCUGCUUCAGAUGUUGCACCCGACGUGGUAGUGACGGAUCACAAUGAAACAAUCACACCUUCUAAUCACAUCUCCUUUAUCGAUCGAGUCACUCAAGUUCGACGAAACCGUGCCAGUGCUUCUAUUCGCUGAUGAUUUGUAUAUCUUGCUCUAUCUUUCCUCUUUACUUAUUUUUGUUACUGUGUAACACUCUUCAUCUUCUUCAAACACUCUUUUGACAUUUAUUUUUUUUGUAGAUUUAUGUGAUUUAUUUAUACGAAUGUACAAUGGC